AUGAAUAACACCUCUGCUAAUUUGUUAUGUGCUAAGAUAUUAAAAGUCCAUAAUACUCAAUCCGCAAUCCAAAGAUUUGAAGAAUGUCGAUAUUCAGUUCGUAUACUAACACGGUGUAACACGAGUAAGAACCCUAGAUGUGUUGCUGAUGGUAAUGAACAAUUGAGAUUUCAUUGUACAAACUUAACUUGUUCACUCGAUUCUAGCAUAUGCAACUUAGCAGUACCUGGUUAUGGCCCUUGUGGAGUUUUCUUUGUGCUAAGACAUGGAUUUCCUGCUGGGAAAGGGGUGUGUACAAAAACAUCAAGUGUUAAGGCCCAUAGUGGUUUUGGUAGCGUGGGUUGGGAUAAUACAAGGGCUAUGCUUGUAUGUCGCGUCAUUGCUGGUAGGAUAAAUGAGGCAAAUGGUACCAAUGUAGGUGUAGCGGCUGAAACAUAUGAUGUUGUUGGUGCUGGCCAAAAAGCUUAUAGCACAUAUGAAGAACUAUUUGUUUCUAACCCAGAGGUUGUCCUUCCUUGUUUUGUUAUCGUCUACUCUUCUCAAUAA